AUGUCGAGGGAAAUUGCCAAGAUUUCUGUUGGGUCGGCACUAAGCAGGGUCCAAAUGUUGGCCUUUGUUGCGACCGCGGUCGCCACGGACAAUCGUGUAGUUGGCACAGGAAGGAAUCUUGGUGAAGUUAGUUCACUUUGGCUCUUAAAUUGCCGCUACAGCUGGGCUGUGCGAACGCAUGAAGGCGAGGAGCUGGUCAAGCUUACCGAGCGGGCCGUUGCCCCUGAACUAUGUAAUAUUAAGGCCAGGUGGCGUGGCGGGUUUAGAGACUUGAGCAUUUGUGUGGAGGACAUGAGGAUAGAAGCAGGUAGAGGCACGGGACAACUGGGACAGGUGGAAGCAAGCGACCCCUCGGCAGAGUUGGGAGGUCAUUGUAGCGACGAUAGCACCAACCAUUGCAGGAGCUGCAACCUACAGAACAGUCGCGGCAGCUCAGGCGGACUUGACAGAGUGAACAGUACCGAGGAGGUCCAGGGCUGGCCUCAAUUCCGAUGGCACAAACUUCCCGCAAUGCGGGACGUGAAGCAUGCAUUGGCAGUUGUCGCGCUGUCUGACGGACGUGUCUUCGCGCUUGGCGGCUGGAACGGCGAAUACUGCCGUGCCUCCGUCGACUUCUGUCACUUUCAGGCUAACUGGUCCCACACCAUUAAGACAACGAAGUUUUGGCGACCUCUUGAGCCAAUGAGGACGCCUCGAUACGUUCACGCAGCAGUGGCUUUUAAGGGAAAGAUAAUUGUUGCUGGAGGUUACAUCAGAGACGAAGCCAACCGGCGCAUUCAGCAAAGUGUCGUGGAGGUAUUUUCCCCGCCAGAUGCUGAACGCCCACUCGGCGAGUGGACGCGUAUUGCGGAUCUGCUGGUGCCGCGAGCGGUGCUUACCCUCCUGGUGUACAAAGACUGGCUUUACGCUUUGGGAGGUGCGGCAAACCGCAAGAAUACAAUUGAGGAAUUCAUCCCGGAUGAUCCGCGGCUGUAA